AUUGUGUAUAAAUGGAUAUGACAAAUUCUAGCCCUGAAGAGAGAGAGAUGAAUCUGUUUGUAUGGACCUUGGCCACUGAUGUGGCUUUUGUCCUUGACAGCUGAUAUUGGAGUCUGAUAUUGCUCUUUGAGGUGACUCUUCAGGAUUCUGUGGGAUGUGUUAGUAAGUUAGGUUCCCUUAGGCAUUUCUGUUUGUCCCUUUAUACAUGUUUGACUUACGUGAGAAAAUACUGGGCCUUUUCACUUAAAGGAAAUUUUUUUUUUGUCUGUGGCCAUUAGUAGUAGAUGUUUUGCUACAUGGAUAGAGAGGGUAUUCUGUUCAGAGAUGAAGAGUUCUCUCAUCUCUUUUGUUAUGAGGUGGUGGCAAAUUGUAAAAAUCUUUUAAACCCAUCUUAAUUUUGGAACCUCUCAAGGGAGGGGAAAAAGAAAGUAACACCAAUAGAACAAGAAGCACAAAAGACUUUCUAGGGCCUUACUAAAUCUGUUCAGAAUAGUAUGGCCCCUGCUGGCUCUGUGACUGUAGCCGCAUAACUGUACCAUUGCUGUGUUAUGCUUCUUUUCUAAGUACAGUUAGGCUUGGGCUUCUUUCUGGAGUUUUGCCUUCUGUUCCUCUGGCUUCACAGCAGCCAUAAUACUUCUCUCAACAGGAAUAAUUUUUACUUGUCGUGGUACUAAUAUAGUUUACUUUAUGAUUCCAUGCUGCCUAUCCCAAUUAUGAAGGUACUUUUCCUUGAGAUAAACCAAGAGUAAGUUUUCCAAAUCCCUAUUUUCCCUGCAGGUGGCAGGAGACCAUCACUUGCUGUGUCUUUGGAUCAAGAACACUGAGACCUGUAGGACAACUUAGCAUAUUUUUCUGUCCAGCUAUGAUGGCACGUUAUAUCGCUGUUGUUCAGAAUUAGUUUCCUAGAAUGUUAGCUGGUGGUUCUUAGUACGGUUACUAUUUUGAUUUAGAUCUUCAUUCUGGUAAGGGAAUAGCAACAUAUCUUGGAUACCAGCUACACAUAAUUAGGAAUUUUGCCCUCGUGUAUCCCAGCUGCAAAAGCAUCACUGAAGCUGGUACCAGUGAACAUGCUAGAAGGAAGUUGAUUGUGAAUAUGACAGUCACUGCAUCCCCAUGGGCCACCUGACUUCGCUCCUUGCCUACCAUUUCAUGCAGAGAUAAUAAAAUGAGAAGUUGCUGUCUGAUUGAGGGAGAUGGCUUGUUGGAUGCAGGGAAUUAGUUCUGCAACUCUGUAACCUAGGGCAAGUGACCCAGGCUUGUAUUGGCCUCAAAGGCCUUAUAGCCGAAACUGUGGGUCUUUCUCUCUUUAUCCUAUCUUAAGAGAGACUGUGGUAUGUCUUAUAGUAGAAGGGAAAGACUUAUAGACUGAAGCAGAAAUAGUUUGGGUAGAUGAACCAAUUUUUUUGUUAAUGUUUUGUGAUGUGAAGAGGUGAGUUCUGUAAGAUGCUGGAAGGAGGUCUUCACAGAUUCCCCAACAGCGGUAAGCUUCUGUGAAAUUCCUCAGCUGUGCAGGGAGGAGGUGCCCGUCUUUCACGGACAGGCCCAAUCAGAGACGAGUUCCAAACAGGCGUUUGUAGCGCAGACCAAUGAGCAUUGUGCACUUUCCAAUGACAUCUUGGAUACAUACUGGGAAAGAACUAAUAUUUCAAGGAAAUUGAUAGAUCUGUGAUUCUUAAUACAGAGAGAAAGAGUCUAGAAACCUGAAGCUUCAUCUAGGAAGAGAAUGAGAACUUGUGCGCUGGGGACUGAUCGUUGUUUGCUCAACCAGAGGAAAGAAGAAAAUUGUAGAGUAGAUGGGAUUUUCCUUGAGCUGUGAGGGAAGAAAAGGCAGCAGGAGUCUGGCUUCUUCUAUAGCGCAAUUGAAGAACUCUGCACAGACUCACCUGUUGGUUUUAAUAUGAGCUAGAAAGCUUAAUGUCCGAGUGGAAGCGUGCGAAGACAGCAGGCUCUGUGUAAUUAAUGAGAUGGAGAGACAUCUUCCAAAGGGGAAGGCAGGUGAUGGAGGAGUAAGGAGGAAGUGGCAGAUGGUGCUGUGACAUGGCAGGCGAGCGGAGCACAUCACUUACAUCCUCAGAAGUGGUGGUUCUCUUUACAGAAAGCCACUGUGGAAAGCCAGCAAAAAACAGGCUUCAGGGAGUAUUGUUGCAGGGCAGCCCUUUUCAACGAAGAGGAAGAAAUUGCUGUGUCCUCGCUUUCAGCAGUGAUUCUGUGAUGCGAGUUCCAGGAGUCUCUUUAUCUGUAAUGAACUUCUCCAUGGCCUCUUCUUGCUGACAUAUAUCCCAGUGCUGGGCACAAAUGGGAAGGAUGCUGAAGAAUGGGUACUCCCCUUUUAGCUUUUAGAACAUGGGCACUUGUAUAAAGAUGCAGCUGUGAUCCUCGGCUGUGUGUCUCACCGAAGGGACCUGAUGUUUUGCGUUAUUGGUGGGAUCACAGUGUCUGUGGUAGCCGCCUUCUUCACCAUUAAGUUCCUCUUUGAGCUUGCCGCACGUAUAGUCAGCUUCCUUCAGCAUGAGGACCGGGAACGCCGAGAGGAGCGAACUAUUUAUGACUACGUGCGAGGCAACUACCUGGACGCCCGGUCCUGCAAAAUCUCCUGGGAUUGGAAGGACCCCUAUGAGGUGGGCCAUAGCAUGGCCUUCCGAGUGCAUUUAUUCUAUAAGAAUGGGCAGCCCUUCCCUAUUCACCGGCCUGUGGGGCUGCGAGUUCACAUCUGCCAUGUGGAGCUAGCAAUUGAUAUUCCUGUAACCCAGGAAGUUCUUCAGGAGCCUAAUUCCAAUGUGGUGAAAGUGGCCUUCACUGUGCGCAGGGCUGGGAGAUAUGAGAUCGCUAUAAAACUCCGUGGCUUGAAUGUGGCCUACAGCCCCUACUACAAGGUGUUUCAGCCAGGGAUGGUUGUUCCCUCCAAAACCAAAAUUGUCUGCCAUUUCUCCACUCUGGUGUUGACCUGUGGGCAACAGCACACCCUGCAGAUUGUUCCAAGAGAUGAGUAUGACAAUCCCACCAGCAAUUCUGUGUCCUUGAUAGAUGAGCACAAUUACAGCCUCUCCAUCCAUGAGCUGGGUCCUCAAGAAGAAGAUGAGAGCUCUGAUGUUUUGUUUGAGAAGUCUGUGGUGUCCAAUCAGCAAACUUGCCAAGUGUUUUUGCGACUCACCUUGCACCGUAGGGGGUGUUUUCAUGCCUGCAUCUCCUACCAGAACCAGCCCAUAAGCAAUGGUGAUUUUGACAUCAUUGUCCUAAGUGAGAACGAGAAGAACAUUGUAGAACGCAAUGUCUCCACCUCAGGUGUCAGUAUUUACUUUGAAGCUUAUCUUUACAAUGCUUCUAGCUAUACCAACACUCAGUGGCACCUCCCACCCACUCACCUGAGCUCCUCCCAGCGCCGUCCCUCUACUGCAACUGAGGAUGAGGAUGAAGAUUCUCCCUCUGACAGCCAAACUCCUGAGAAAGUGAAGAAACCUAAAAAAGUGUAUUGCUACGUGUCACCUAAGCAAUUCUCAGUAAAAGAAUUCUACUUGAAGAUAAUUCCUUGGCGCCUUUUCACCUUUAGAGUGUGUCCUGGUACAAAGUUUUCAUACCUUGGUCCUGACCCUGUGCACAAACUACUGACACUGGUGGUGGAUGAUGGGAUCCAGCCCCCUGUGGAGCUCAGCUGCAAGGAGAGGAACAUCUUGGCAGCCACUUUCAUUCGCUCUCUGCAUAAAAACAUAGGAGGCUCAGAGACCUUCCAGGACAAAGUGAACUUCUUUCAGCGGGAGCUGCGUCAGGUGCAUAUGAAAAGACCUCAUUCAAAGGUCACACUGAAGGUCAGCCGUCACUGUCUGUUGGAGUCGUCUCUGAAAGCAACACGAAAUUUCUCUAUUUCUGAUUGGAGCAAAAACUUUGAAGUGAUUUUUCAGGAUGAAGAAGCUCUGGACUGGGGAGGUCCACGCAGAGAGUGGUUUGAGCUCAUCUGUAAGGCGUUAUUUGACACCACCGAUCAACUCUUUACCCGUUUCAGUGAUAACAACCAGGCCCUGGUUCAUCCGAAUCCAGGGCGCCCCCCACAUUUACGACUGAAAGUCUAUGAGUUUGCAGGCCGCCUAGUGGGGAAGUGUCUUUAUGAAUCAUCUCUGGGAGGUGCUUACAAACAACUGGUGCGAGCUCGUUUCACCCGAUCUUUCCUGGCUCAGAUCAUAGGACUUCGUAUGCAUUACAAGUAUUUUGAAACAGAUGACCCAGAAUUCUAUAAAUCCAAGGUUUGUUUCAUACUGAACAAUGAUGUGAGUGAAAUGGAUCUGGUCUUUGCUGAAGAGAAAUAUAGCAAAACAGGACAGCUGGAGAAGGUAGUUGAACUUGUAACAGGAGGGGCUCAGCUGCCAGUAACCAAUGAAAACAAAAUCUUGUAUUUGAACCUGCUUGCGCAGUACAGGCUGGCCAAUCAGGUUAGAGAGGAGGUGGAUCACUUCCUGAAAGGUCUUAAUGAGCUAGUUCCUGAGAACCUCCUGGCUAUUUUUGAUGAGAAUGAGCUAGAGUUGCUUAUGUGUGGUACGGGGGACAUCAGUGUCUGUGACUUCAAGGCACAUGCUGUAGUGGUAGGAGGAUCUUGGCAUUUCCGUGAGAAGGUCAUGAGGUGGUUUUGGACUGUGGUCUCCAGUUUCACACAGGAAGAGCUGGCCAGGCUCCUGCAGUUCACAACUGGUUCCUCCCAGCUUCCCCCAGGAGGGUUUGCUGCGCUCUGUCCAUCUUUCCAGAUCAUUGCGGCUCCAACUCACAGUACACUGCCGACAGCCCACACUUGUUUUAACCAGUUGUGCCUCCCAACUUAUGACUCCUAUGAAGAAGUGCAUGAGAUGCUGCAGCUAGCCAUCAGUGAGGGUUGUGAGGGCUUUGGCAUGCUGUGAUUUCCCCUUUCCAGGAGCCCACCCAGCCUCCUGGCCCUUCGUGGCAAGGCCCAGGUUCAAUCCACUGCUUGUUCUCCUUCCCUUCACAUGGGCAAUGGAGGCAAAGCACGAUCUCCGAGUAAAGCAAUCUGUCGUCCAGAAGAUGUCGCGUGGCCUUUCUGUAUCCACAGUAUGUCACCAAGAGCUCAUCUUUUCCCCUUCCCUCAUUCUCCUUUUGGUUCAGUGUGGAACAGCAAAAGCAUUGUGGUGCGUCCAUCAGGAAGGUAUUGCACUGGAUUUCCCUGCACCUUGAACACCCUUCCCUCUGUGAAGAGACAAAGCCCAUGAGCAGAAGUUUCAGUGAGGUACAGAAGAUCUGCUCAGCUGCCUUUAUUCUAGUUGUCUGGGAGGAAGGGGGAAGACCAGCUUGGAGCUCUGCUGGAAACCUGGCUUGUGAGAAGCCUUAGUAACUUUCCAUGCCUUGGCUCAAGUCCCCCUGUCAUGCUCCCCAAAGCUAUCUAACUUAAUGGCUCACGAAGGGUACAGGGCUGUCCCUUCUUUCAGCACCUGGCCCAGAGGGUUUCUGGUUCUCCUCCUUCAUCUUGUUUUGGAUGCUGCUGUCUGUUGCCUCUGCCAGAGAUCAAAAAUGGGCAGUUAUCUACUGGAAGGAAUAACCCGAAGGGGGGAACAGUCUCAUCAGAGCACAAGCGCUGGCCCUGACAGUGAUCCUGUACUACCUCCACCAGGGUCUAGCAGUAGAAGCGUCCUUCUCCAGCAGCGGCUAGUAAUGAGCCUCUGCAAAUGAACUGGAAGAGGAGUUUCUCCUCCACUGAAUGUUUCUGACAGUGAUUUAUGAUGUUGCACAGGAAGCUGUCCCAUGCCCUUGCCUUCCUUUCCCUUCCCCAGGAGAGAGAGGAUGGGCAUGAGCAUGAUCCCUCAAUGCUGAGCACCAAUGCCUGUCCCACAUUCACCUUCAGGGUAUGUAUGUAUGUAGUAACAGUGAUAGGUCUGUAAGCAGCUAAAGUGUGCACUGGGCUUGUCUUUGUACAGAAGUGCAGCUGGGGUGGCAAUACUGGGCAGAACUGGUACCUCUGCCCUGGCAUCCCACAGAGUCUUGGCUUCUACCUCUGUCAUGCAGCAGCCUGAGGCUUCUCUUUCUCUACUUCAUUUCAGGCAGAGUUUCCGGGGGGGUGUUGCUGCCUGGUGAGCAGCUGACUUCCUCUCCUUCCAAUCUUCCUACCUUCUCUUUCUUAAGCUCUCCUUUCUUGCUGUUCCAUUCAGUGCUUUCCAGCACAAAAUGCUGACUAGAACGUCACUGAACAACCUGCAUGGGUAGUAUAUCACACCAUUUUCUGGCUUGUGGGGAUUAGGGUGGACAAACUAGCAUGAGAAGUGAGGUUGUGAUUGGGAUGUGUUAUUGCUGGCAGUCUGUUCAGCCCUUCCCAAGGAAAUAAAGGGAAGGGGAGUCUGGUAAUCUUGAUGGGUUCUUCAGUGAAGCAAAAUUCAAGGAGAUCUUUAUAUUUUCAACAGUCCCUUAGUCAGUUCAGGUCAGGAGCUGAAGACCUGUUGGCAGCCGGCAAGCAUGAGAAACCUGCGUUGCUACUGCCUGCAACGUAAGCUUUCACUGAUUAUGGAGUUGCAAGAUUUUUUCCAGAAUGGGCUCUCAAACUGGCAUCUCUGAGCUAACUUUAGAACACAAUGUUAGAUAAAAAGUUACAUCAUCCUCUUCAGCCCUUUUUCUGCUGUUCUUGAGUUGCCCUAGGCAAAAUGCUGCACAGUAUAGAGGUAAGACAACUGUUUGUGCUUUUCCAAUAUAGGUUAGCUGAAUUGACUGGGAAUUUGGGGAAACAUUCUACAUCUAGAAAAUCUCUUUAUUAAGGCAGCUUCUUAGCUACUCUUGGGCUGUGUGUGUCACUUCUGUGCAGGAAAAAAAAAAGCCAUUAUGGUGCCAAAAAGCAGCCAGCUGAGCACUGAGACUACUCAGGGGGAUUUCUUAGCCUUGUGAAUUCAUUCCCUCACUGGCACUGAGGUGCUGGGAGACUGCCAGCUUGAGAGUUGCCAGAUUUGCGCUCUGACAGAUCACUUUAGUAGUGGCUGUGCUCCCUUUUUUUUAGUGCAGGCUCCCUUCUGUAAACUCCCAACCUUCUUUGGGUGAAGAGUUUGGUACCAUUUUAUCUACGCUAUGGAUGGCUUUUGUGGACAGUACAGUUACAGCUCCUGUGUUCUCUGUGCCACCACUUCACUGCUUUCUCCAGGGACCGAGAGGAGGCAGUGAUGCCUGGCUUAACUCCUGUUUGUUGGGAGGCACAGCUUGGUGCUGUUCCCAUGUUGCAGCCUUGUCUUGCAGUUUUACCUGGCGAGGAUGUUUCCAGCCUUGUGGCUAUGGGCAGACUCAGCCGAUGACAUCUUCCUCAGGAAUCUUCUCUCUUCUUUUGAGUUGGACUGUUUGUACUCUGAGGACAAAGUAGCUGGACAGUGGGCAGACUUCCUCUGCUUGAAAGAGCUCCUACAUGCUUUACAGUGCAUUGCAGCCAGCACCCCUCACUUCUCAGCAGCUAUAUCUAUGCCAAUGAUUUUCUUCAUAAAACAAGGAAAGUCAGAAUUGUGAUGGAUGCUCUUAGUCAAUGAAACCCAUGUAUGUUGUUUCCAUAGGCCCAUAGCUGGCCCUGUGUUCCUGGGCUCCAUCACAGCGUAAUUAAAUUUGUGUCUAGCUCUGUACUCUUCUCCAGCAUGUUCACUCUUUAUGCUGCCCAUGCUGCGCUUGCACUUUUUUUUUUUUUCUGAUCCUUUAUUCCCACUUAAUAGAGGCACUUCUGUAGAAAGCUUUAGUACCAUCUGGUACCAUCUCAGACAGGUUCCAUGUUUCCUGAAGCUGCUUUGAGGUGCAUAGGGCCUGCCUUCAGCCCGCAUCUGCGGGCCAUGUUGCAUGCUUUUAGAAACCGGAGCUGUGGAUGAUACAGGUCAGAUCUGAGUUCCCGCUGGUGAAUUCCUGGCAGAGUUCCACCAAAGUUUGGAAGCCUGUGGUUGUAGUAGCUGAUUUUGUAAAUAGUUUGUAUAAUAAAUACAAUAUUUAAA